UGAUUGGAUCAUUCAAUCACGGGUAUCUGACGUGGUUGCACUCCGUGACGUUUUAAGUUGAAUGUAUCUAUCUGCGACAUUUGGUUUCCUUUCCCUCUCCAACAAAGGCAACGUUGACGCCUCUUCCUCUCGGAUGUGUGUUAGUUAGAACGCAAUCCUGUUGGUCGGAUGACAAGGAUAGUGAAACCAACAGAUGCGUAGUUGAAUUAGUGCCGAGCCAUAUCAUUUUGCUAGUAUAGCUCCAACGCAUUUUACCCGGAUUUUAGGUUGCCUCGUCUGGGCAACCACCGGUAGAUACCCCCGGAAUAAUAUUAGUCCUGGUGGCCUAUUAGUACAUACAUCAGUGGCCCGAUCUCUUCCUUCUGGCUUCCGUCAACCAAAGCCAUGCAAUGACUGCUUCUAGUGUAGUAGUAGUAGAGCCAAAGUCAGGGGUAACGGCAUCAGAUGUGAUUACGAGGGAAGAGGAGUUGAAAGACAACAAUGGGGACACUACCAAAGGGGCGGAGGGACUGGCGAGUGCUGUGGAAGCAAUAAUAGAUUCCACCAUCACGACAUCAUCCGUUCCAGAACCCUCCAAGCCGCCAUUGGCACCCGUGUCAGAGCCUUGUUCCCCAUCCACAAGUCCCACCCCAUCGUCUCCCAUGACCACUGUUGAGGAGUCCAUGAUACCCGAGCUACCUAUGGGGCAACACGACAACCAAAAGGGUACAAAAGCUGCUGACCCGCAACAUACUUUAAUACAGGACUCUGACCAUCAGAACACAACGAAAGACGUAGAGAUGGCUCCUGCCAUAGAGCCAGAAAGAACUGUACCGACGACAGCUCAUCCAGGGCAGACAGACGUCAAGACGAAGCCUGAACAAUCCACACAAUCACAAUCACCUGCCAAUCCAUCAGCAGCACACAAGAACCAAGUGCAGCAUGAGCCAAUUCAUCCAUCAGAGGAACCGGAACAAACGUCAGCAGCGAUAUCAAACACCCAAGAAGCUCAGCAUGAGCUCUUCCAUCCUAGUAUGGAUCCUGAAGAGGAAGAACCAACGUCAACAAUCCAAGAUCAGCAGGCAGCAGAAGCAAUAGUCGCAAAUAUAGUGGAAAGUCUGGAAUUCAAUGUGCUACCCAUUCAAAGGGAAAUAGUACAGCUAGUAGAGCCAACAACCACCAAAUCAACGGCCCAUCAUGUUCAGCAAGCAACAGUACCACCCGUAGUAUCAGAUCAAGUACUAGAGACUCUAGACACCAACCCGCAAGCAAUGCAAACGGAACAACAGCCGGAGCCAGCAACAGUCUCUGUACCUCCCACAUCAUCAUCGUCGUCGUCGUCGUCAUCAUCCAAAGACACUCCAGUGGGUACCAACCAAACAAUCGUUAUGGAACAAGGAGGAGAGAGUUCCACUGCUGCAACCUCUUCUGCAGUUGUUCCACCAAUGACCGAGAUUCAUUCCCUUACUUCGUACAUAAAACGGUCACUCUCGGGCAUCUUUUCCGACAUUGCCGAGGCUACGGCACAUCAAGAUCCUAGCAGUGACGUGCAAGAGCAGCAGCACGAGUAUACCAUCGCGAUACGCGACAACGACUCGGCAGCUACAUCAACUGAUGCGGUCGCUCCCCCCGUACGGAAACGCAGUCGAGUGGACUUGGCAGAAGCCUACGAAGCCACGUAUCCGCCUUCCGCACCAGAAACGAAUGACACCCUUGUGACGUCGCAACAGCAUCACAAUGAUCCUGUACAUGACGAUUCUCGCCACAACGGGCAUCAGCAACAUCCAAGUACGCCAACAAGGUUGUCGAGACGACGGAGCUUUUCGUACCAAUGCUUGAACAAGCUGUUCCAAAUCGAGGAUGACGCACAGCCAAGUGCCGGAGCAGCAAAUACCAACUCGACCGCCGAGUAUCCGACGACGACGACGCCGAACCCUUUGACAAGCGCUGGUAGUGUUCUUGAACAGCCACCACCUAUCAUGACGCCCGAACUCACCACCAACUGCGGUCAAAGUGACACUCCAUUCAAGAUGCCCCAACCACCAUUGGAGGAAUCUGAAUCCAUGAGUAGCUUCAUCCAGGUACUGAGUGCCGUGGAUUUGGAUAGCAUGGGCAACAAUGAAGAUGAUGAUGACAAGAUGCAAAGUAGUGCCCCAAAUGAUCGGCAGCAACCGGAAGAUACCUUUGGUUGGUACGUCUCCGACGACCCCGAAGCCACGGAACAGCACAUGGUCAAGGAACCUCCGGUCACAUUUCUUCCACCGGCAGAUUCAUUUGAAGAAGGACCGGAUUUGAUGGAUAUGGACUACAAUCCUACUCCUUCCGCCGUGGUGGAACUCGUCGGAGUCAAAGAGCCACAUGUACCUGAAGCAGCGGCGACGCCGCCGUCAGAUGGAGACCCUCUUGCACCCUCAGUCGUCGAGCAAGAAGAAACCGAUUCGGCUGCUGCCAUUUCCAACAAAACUCAAGCAAAAGUUGAAGCACACGCUGUGGUCCAAAAUGGGGCAUCCACGAUUGCUGAUGCUGCCGCCAAUAAUGCUGCAGCAGCAAUGGUGGAUGAUUUACUACCACAGCAUCAGCAGCAAGAGCGAACCUCAGACGAGAUGGAGGUUGCGGAAGCCGAACUUGAGUAUGCAAUAGCCGCCGACACCGUGGAUAAUGUUCUGGGGGAUUUCUUUGGGUAGUGCACGCGGUACAUGCAUCAUAUGGCCCCAAGACUGCUGUUGGCCAGACUCAUCGAUUCUAUUCAGUUGCUAGCUAGCUAUUUACUUGUACAAUUAGGAAAUCAACGAAUGGUUUUGGUUGGUAUGAAGCCAAACACAUAGUGGCCUUGAAAACUUUUUACGAGUCGAGUCAAUGAGACUCCACAGCAUGUGCAACCAAUUCCAGCUUGUCCCAGCUGGCUUUCGUAGAUAAUCUACCUACUAGCUCGUACUUUAAACGCUC